AUGGACAUCAGAGAAAUGGCAUCUUCCUCAGAUGAAGAUGAUACUUCAGUUAGUACUCCACCAGCAGUAUGGUCUAUUGGAGAAGGAGAAGAGGCAGAAAAACGUGAUGAUGCCCAAAGAUCCACUCUCUUUGUUGAAAAACCUCAGACUGGUACAGUUAGUGUUGGUGGGAAUAUUACCUUUAUAGCCAAAGUAGAAGCCAAAGAUCUUCUCCGAAAGCCAAAUGUGAAGUGGUUUAAAGGAAAAUGGAUGGAUUUGGCCAGUAAAGCAGGGAAGCACCUGCAGCUGAAAGAGUCCUUUGAGCGUCACACUAAGAUUCACACAUUUGAGAUGCAUAUCAUUCAAGCCAAAUUAAACUAUGCAGGGAACUAUCGCUGUGAAGUUUCUUAUAAGGACAAGUUUGAUAGUUGCUCUUUCGACCUUGAAGUCACUGAAUCUUCCCAAGCUGCUCCAUCCAUUGACAUCAGAUCUGCUUUCAAAAGAAGGGAGGUAAAACAGCAAGAGGAAGAACCUGAGAUAGAUGUGUGGGAGCUCCUGAAGAACGCGAAUCCCAGUGAAUAUGAGAAGAUCGCUUUUCAGUAUGGUAUCACUGACCUGAGAGGCAUGUUAAAGCGCCUGAAGCGCAUGCGCAGGGAAGUGAAGAAGAGCGCAGCUUUUGCCAAGGGUCUUGAUCCUGCAUAUCAGGUGGACAAAGGAGGUAAAGUAAGGUUCAUGGUGGAGCUAGCAGAUCCAACAGUGGAACUCAAGUGGUAUAAAAAUGGCCAAGAAAUACGACCAAGUGCAAAAUACAUUUUUGAGCACAAAGGUAACCAGAGAAUUUUAUUCAUCAAUAACUGUCAAAUGUCAGACGAUGCUCGCUAUUAUGUAACAGCUGGGGAUGAGAAAUGCUCCACAGAACUGUUUGUGAGAGAUCCUCCAAUUUUGGUGACCAAAGGCCUGGAGGAUACCAGUACCUAUAUUGGUGAACGAGUAGAGCUGAGCUGUGAAGUGUCUGAAGAUGAUGCAAAUGUGAAAUGGUUCAGGAAUGGUGUAGAACUUCCCAAUGAUCCUAAAUCUCGGUAUCGAAUAAAGGUUGAGGGUAAAAAACACACUUUGGUCAUAGAGGAAGCUGCAAAAAAUGACAACGCAGUUUACUCAGUAAUGACAACUGGAGGCCAGUCAGAAGCUAAGCUUUCAGUUGGUUUGAGACCACUGAAGAUAUCACUUGCACUAGAAGACCAGACUGUGAGGCUUGGACAGGAAAUCCAUCUGAAGUGUGAGAUAUCUGAGAAUGUGACAGGGAAGUGGUACAAAAAUGGGCAACAGGUUGAAGCUAGUGACCGUGUAAAGAUUUAUCACAAAGGAAGAAUCCACAGAUUUGUUAUAGCAAGCUCUGCUGUUGAUGAUGAGGGUGAAUACAUGUUUGUGCCAGAUGAAUAUGAGACUAAUAUUCCAUGCAAAGUACAUAUUGUGGAUCCUCCUAAACUCCACCUGGAUGGUCUCGGGGAAAAUAACACUGUGACAGUUGUGGCAGGAAGCAAACUACGACUGGAGAUCCCCAUCACUGGCGAGCCAACUCCAAAAGUUCUGUGGAGUAGAGGGGAUAAGGGGAUCACAGACAGUGGAAGAAUACGGUCAGAAACGUACUCAGACAGCAGCUGCCUGGUCAUUGACGCAGCCGAGAGGGAUGAUUCAGGUCCUUUCAGAAUAACGUUAAAGAAUGAGGCUGGAGAGGACACAGCUCUAAUCAACAUUAAAGUGGUUGAUGUCCCUGAUCCUCCUGAGGCGCCAAAUGUGACUGAGGUGGGUGAAGACUGGUGUGUUAUGACCUGGGAGCCUCCAGCAAAUGAUGGGGGAUCACCUAUCUUAGGCUAUUUCAUUGAAAGGAAGAAGAAACAAAGCUCCAGGUGGAUGAGACUGAAUUUUGAACUGUGUAAAGAAACAACUUUUGAGCCAAAGAAGAUGAUUGAAGGUGUUGCCUAUGAGGUCCGUGUAUUUGCUGUUAAUGCAAUAGGCAUUUCCAAACCAAGUAUGCCUUCAAAGUCCUUUGUUCCUAUAGCUGUCACCAGUCCACCAACUCUCCUGGCAGUGGAUGGAGUGACUGAUACUUCAGUUACAAUGAAAUGGAGGCCACCAGACCACAUUGGAGCAGCAGGGUUAGACGGCUAUGUUGUAGAGUACUGCUUUGAAGGAAAUGGAUUCUCACAAGGUAUAUCGACAGAUCUGUCUGAGGAAGUGGGGGAGCCACCAUUUAACAAGGAAGCUGAUGAAUGGAUCGUGGCUAACCCGGAGCUGACAGACAAAACGAAGUUUACUAUCAAUGGCCUGCCGACUGGCUCAAAAAUCCUUGUGAGAGUAAAAGCUGUGAAUGCCGCUGGUGAAAGUGAUCCCAGGUACCACCCACAGCCUAUUUUAGUCAAGGAAGUGAUAGAACCUCCAAAGAUUCGUCUACCAAGACACUUAAAACAAACCUAUACUCGAAGAGUUGGAGAAACUGUGAAUCUUGUUAUUCCCUUCCAGGGAAGACCAAGGGCAAAAGUAUCAUGGCAGAAAAAUGGUUCUCCAAUUGACAAGAAUGACAUCAACAUCCGCAACACUGAAAAUGACACUAUCAUCUUCAUCAGAAAGGCAGAAAGGGGCCACUCUGGAGAAUAUGACAUGAAAGUGGAAGUAGAGAAUUUGGAAGACAAAGCUACAAUAGAUAUUCAGAUUAUUGAUCGCCCAGGCCCACCAGAGGUUGUAACUAUUGAGGAUGUCUGGGGAGAGAAUGUAAAUUUAUCAUGGAAGCCACCAAAAGAUGAUGGCAAUUCUGCCAUUACUGGGUACACUAUUCAAAAGGCAGAUAAGAAGAGUAUGGAAUGGUUCACAGUCAUGGAGCAUUACCACCGCACCAGUGCCACCAUUAACGAGCUCAUCAUAGGAAACGAAUACUACUUCCGGAUCUUCUCUGAGAACAUGUGUGGCCUCAGUGAGGAUGCAACGAUGACCAAAGAGAGUGCUUUGAUUGCAAAGGAUGGUAAAGUCUACAAAUAUCCAGUUUACGAUGAUUUUGACUUCAGUGAACGGCCAUUGUUUACUCAGCCUCUAGUCAACACAUUUGCUGUAGCUGGUUACAACGCUACUUUGAACUGCAGUGUUCGGGGCAACCCCAAGCCCAAAAUAACCUGGAUGAAAAACAAAGUCCUUAUAAUGAAUGACCCAAGGUACCGAAUGUUCAGCAACCAAGGUGUCUGUACCUUGGAGAUCCGCAAACCAAGUCCCUAUGAUGGAGGAACUUACACCUGCCGAGCAGUCAAUGAACUUGGAGAGGCAGAAGUUGAAUGCAAACUGGAAGUAAAAGGUGGGCUUUCAUUCUUCAGACUAUUGAUGGAUGGAGUGCCUCCGCAUAUCAUUGAUUCAUAUAUGCGUGAAGUGCAGGCAGACAGAACGGAGGGGAAGUGAGAGUCCGUCACCAGUGUUUCCUCCCACACGCCGGAAAUUGGUAGCAGAAUUACAGCAUUUUAGCUCUUGCAAUGACAGAAGAGAAGUGUGGUUGGGGUUU